AUGGGAUGUAUGCUUGUGCCAGAGUCAAAUGAAAAAGCAGAGAAAGCCAUCUACUACUUGAGCAAGAAGAUGCUUGACUACGAGACCUGUUAUACUCCUUUGGAAAAUGCUUGCUUGGCUUUGGUUUGGGCCACCAAGAAGUUGAGACACUAUCUGUUAACUCAUUCAACAAUUCUGUAUGUCACUCGCAAAUCUAUUAACGAAAGGGCCGUGGCAGAAUUUUUGGCUGAUCACCCGAUUGAAGAAAAAGAAGCUAUGGGUUAUUCGUUCCCAGAUGAGGAGGUCAUGCAGAUAAAAGAAGAUACUUGGAAAUUAUACUUUGAUAGAGCGUCUAAUCAAUUUGGCUACGUGAUAGGUGUGUUGCUCAUAGCACUAGAUGAUUCGCAUAUCCAUUUAGCCUUUGAACUCCAAUUUAGAGUAUCCAACAACCAAGCAGAGUAUGACGCCUGUAUUGCUGGAUUGGAAGUAGCUCUAGAACUAGGAGCAAUAAGGUUGGAUGUGAUUGGAGAUUCAAACCUGGUUAUCUCUCAAGCCAAUGGAAAUUGA